AUUACGAUUAAUCAGAUAAGUAGGCAUUGAAAUUGUCAAAUCUGGUUUAAGGCGUCAUAUAGAUAAAAUGAUACUAAAUAUAACUGGAUUUUUACUUUUCUCGCUAGCAUCCAUUAACAUGGCGGUGGCAUUCCUCAAACCAAGAAGUCAUGGUCACGAGGAGGUACAUAUUCCCAGUCCCGGACAGGUUGAUGCAGCCAUUGUCAACCUUGACCUUCAUUACACAAAACGCCUUUGUCUCGAACUUUUGCUCGUGGACUGUACCCAUCACGUGACAAUGGGAGAUGAGAAAGUAUGUGGUACGGACGGCGUCACCUAUGAAAACCAUUGUAAGUUCACGCAUGCCGUCUGCGAGUAUUCGACCUUGACACAAACAUUAAGACUUGCCAAUCACGGACCUUGCCCACAGACGACACCUAUAGUCACUUCCGGUCCAGAGAUUUGGUCAAAGCAGACGACACAUGCAGUCACUUCCGGUCCGGAGAGUUUGUCACAGCAGACGACAUCUACCGUCACUUCCGGUUCGGAUAGUACCCACACGACACCUCACGUCACAACAGAUCCAUUACAUUCGUCUUUUCUUUGCACAUACGUGAAUUCUAUGGACUGUGAUUCACUUGGUAUAGAGAUUAUUUGUGGUUCCGAUGGCAGACGUUAUGUCAAUCAUUGCGAGCUUGCCAAGGAAACUUGUAUACAGCCGUCACUAAAAGCUAUUGAUCUCUCAAACUGCCAUUGAAAGAAAAAGCUUUAAAUAAAUAUUGUAUUGGGU